AUGGAUCAUCUUCAGAGUCUUCCAAUCAUCCCCUUCUCUCCUGAGAGCAUUACCCCAAUGCCAAAACUGAAACAUCAUGAGAAAAACCUCACCAUAGCAGGAGGCUUUUCAGACCAGAUUGUAGCCACAGAGGAUUCCCCUACUCCUGAUCAUGCCAUGGUUGAGGUGCCAAUUGCCAUUCAAUCUGAUAUUCCCCAGCAUGAUGAUCACCUCAGGGGCAGCACAACUGCUUCAACUCGAGGGUGGAAGAGAGCAAAAUCCAAAGACCCUUGGAUUAUAACUAGUCACACUGGAGUUCCUCUUUUACCUGAUGGUAGGGAAUCCAACUUACAAUGGGUUUGGGAAUUGCUGGAAGAUGGAGGGAGGAAAUGGAACACUCAACUGCUGAAAACCCUCUUCAAUGAGAAUGACUGUGCUUGCAUUCUGAAGAUAAAUACUCUUGAACCAGGGAAAAAAGACAGAUGGGUAUGGAUCAAAGGAGAUAACCAGGAAUUUACAGUGGCCAAAGCCUACUCAAAAAUGGUGAAUGACAAGUUCAAUAACCUGGAUAUAGCUGAAGGAAGUAAAGGAGCUGGCACUCUCAGGAAGAUCAGAACUAGAAGCUGGAAGUUAAACAUUAAAGGCAAGCUCAAACACUUUCUAUGGAAGUGUUAUUCUGAUGUCCUUCCUACUAAGACCAAAUUGAGAAAGAAAGGAUUGCUGGUAGACUGCAUUUGCCAAACAUGUGGUGAGGACCUUGAAACAAUUGAGCACAUCUUCUUUAAGUGCAAGAAGGCUAGGGAAAUGUGGAAAGCUGCACCUGUGAACUGGGAACUAACCCAAGUUCCCAACACAAGCUUCAAGCAAUGGUGGAUUGAUGUUUGCUCUGUGAACAAGCUUGAAGUUUCUGAAGCAAGAAUAGAGCUGACCACCUACCUUUUGUGGUGGUUAUGGAAAGCUCGGAAUUUGUGGGUGUUCAAAAAAGCAUGGAUGCCAGUUCCUGUAAUCAUCCAUAUGGCUCAAAGGGACUGGCUUGAAUUUUCCAAGAGGAACUAUAGCACUAAAUGGGUAGGGCAGUGA